AUGGCGGGCAAGAAACCCCCUCACCCAGCUAUGGUGGAGGAUUAUGACGAGGAAUUCGAUGACAUCGUACCAGAAAGCCGGCAGGUAGCCAAUACCGCGGCCAAAGUAGUCACCAGGUCUGAUCAUAGAUUCCCAGCGGAGCCGCUGAUCGACGGCGCCAGUGACUCAGGUUAUUCUAGUCGCACCGCCGCCACCGCCAACAGCACCCAAUCUGGUCCGUCGGGCGGGAAGAGUCCACCGGUCCCUCAUAAACUGCACAUGCCCAAGCAGCGAGCCGACCUCGACAGAAAAUCAUCCACCCGCAGAGAACACAGAGAACACAGAGAACAAAAAAACAGACAGGACCGUCCCCGGCCAGGCCACAAAGAGAGUAUGCGGGUUGGUGCCUAUCCGGGCUCCGCCCAAUAUCAUUCUCACGUGCCCCGGUCGCCGUCCAAGUCACGCAGCAGACGAGACUCUUCCGCCCGUCACUACCAGGACCCUGCUCACUACUACGAAGGUGGUCCCGUUUACCAUCAACAACAACCACCGACUCCCAUCGACCGCUAUCCUCCAAACAUGGAGUACCCACUCGCCAUGUACGGUCGUCCACCCAUGCCAGACAUGGUUCCUUCCUCACCACGCACCUAUGCCCCGCGUCACGCCUAUGGCUAUGAGGAGUAUCACCGUCCCACAAGUCGGCCAAACCGGUCUCAUUCGUACCGGCAACCGGGUGGCUACCACCAGGACAGCAGACCCAUGAGUAUGAGCUUCCACGAGACGUCAUCAAUGGGCCCGCCCGGACUGUACCAUCCACAGGUGCCAUAUGAUUCAUACGGACCCGGUGGACCUCCACCUUCCCACUCGGCUUAUUAUGCUUCCUCUCCUUACGGGGGUGGAUCUUUCACAGGCUAUGCUGGGUCGGAGUUCCCCGCUUCAUUGGAAUACGGACCUGAGAGAUCCCCAUCCCGGACUCGCGAGCCAUCCCGGCGUCGGAAUUCUAUCUACGAUCCUCGCAUGAUGGAGUCGGAUGAUGUCUUUGCUCAAGAGUUUGAGGAAUUCGAACCACUUGAACGUUACUCAUCUCGCGAACCGCGUGGGCGCCACAGCUCCAAGCCUACUCAACCCCGCGACGAGGAUUAUUAUCGCGACGUGAAUCGGAUGCCACCUCCGCCUCUGCCGAAAUCUCGGGCUGCUCCAAAGAUUAUCCAAAACAAACGGCCCGAAGCACCUCGGAAAUCUCAAACUGUGCAAGGCGUUCCCAUGGCUCCCUCGCGCCGCAUGUCUCGAGCUGCUGCCGACCAUCCUGCAGAGUUUAUGGACAUGUCGGAAAUGCGCAAUGCCCUUCCCGAUCCCGCCCAUCGCCGCUUAUCUCGAGAAGCAGGAAUGGCUCCCGAACGGAGCCAGAGUAUGCGCGAGAGCAGGAGGUCAAACUCCUACCACGACACCGGCCGGGGUACUCGGAUUGCGGUUGAGAACUCUCGCAGACGCCGCCCAGAGCGCGCUGAGCAGUACUACUACGAUGACAAUGACAGCCGGGGAGAUGAAUUGGAGGACCAAGUCUCAACCGUCGAGCAAUACCAAAACGCCAAGGCAGGCCGCUCUGCUACCGCUGCGCUACCUGCGUCCGCCGAGUCACUCAUCCCAAAGAUGGCGAACGGCGCUGGCAGCGACAACGGCAGCCGGAAGAGCGGAUCAAACAGCAGCCGUGAAAGCGGAACCGGUUCCAAAGCAGGAGGAGGAAAGGACAUCAGCCUUAUGAUGGACGGGAUUCAACUCGGAUUCAAAGAAGAGGCGGUCCACGGCAAGAUGAUCAAUAUCCGAAGCGAUGACGCGGGCGGUUUCCACCUCAGUCUUGGAGGAAACACAAACCGCAAGCCGAAAGCUUACUUGCCUGCUGGAUCGUCCUACUCUGAUAAGACGGGUACUGCAAGCCGACGGGAGUUGGUGGAAGAUGUGCGACGAACGCGCGAUGAUCGACGCUUGGAACGAGGUAGUAGGAGGUCUUCGCAGUCCACCUACGGCCGUCGUUACUAA